AUGCGCAAACCAUGCGUGCGUACUGCAGCCGUGGACAAGACCCAACGUACACACGGCACAAGCGCGCAAAGAGAUUGCGCACAAGACAUUUCGAGUGCGGGCCAUCCAAUUACAUGCCUUGCGGUACUUAGUUGGACCCGACAGUUUGGGCCACUGCUUCACAAGGCAAGAUCGACUGUUACAGCUUGUUGGUCAGAGAGCGCCACAGCAAGCCAACAUGAUGGUCGGACCACUUGGAUGGCCACAAUCUCAGUGACAUUCCCUUGCGUCACUACACCAGGGGAAAAUAUGAAGCAAGCAAUUACAUUAGAGGAUCACAAAGAAUGCAGUACUACGUCUCCGAUAUUUUACGUAUGUCGCUCAGAUCAGGCCAUGUGCGGCCAUGAAGAUCCGGGUUGUAGGCCCGGCGGCCCCGAUAAUCGGAUCGGAGCAUGCUGCUAUCAUCUCCGGACCGAACCGGCCAAGUUGGUCAACCGUGAAUUUAGCCAUCAUUGA